AUGCCUAGAGCCAAGCAGGAACCCGACAACUCGGCCAAGUCCAGUGCUGCAGCCGUCCGCAUCCGAGAAAACCAGCGUCGGUCGCGGGCCCGUCGGAAAGAAUACGUCGAGGGCAUGCAGAGGAGGCUGCAGGACUUUGAGACCAAAGGCGUUGCCGCAACGCUCGAGAUGCAGCAGGCGGCUCGCGAGGUGGCCAUUGAGAACUCGCGGCUGCGGCUGCUGCUCGCCCACAACGGCGUGACUGUCGAUGCCGUGGAGAGCUUCUUGGUGUCCUUCAAGGGCCAGGACGCCAGCGAGGCCGAGCACUGCGCGGCCAAGAUCGCCACGGCCGAGUCCAUUGCUGCCCUGGGACGCUCGUCGACCGUGGCCACGCUGUUCCCGGAGCACGCCCAUGUCGACAAGCUGGCGGUUCUGGCCAGUGCCAGCAUGCAGCAGAGCGCCUCGGGGUCUGGCCACGACUCGGACGGCACAAUCACCUCGGACGACUCUACGGGGCCUGUGACGCCGAGCUCGAGCAACCUCAACGCACCUUCGCCUAGGGAUGUCGACUUUGAUGCCGCGCCGCAGACCAUGUCCUGUGACGCUGCGGCUCACAUCAUUGCCCAGAUGCAAGGCUGUGGGUUUCGAGAACCUUCCAAGGGUUCCUUAGAGAACAACGGCCAGAGCGAUUACCUGAUUCAAAACUCUGCGUUUCUAAAGAUCCUCGAGGCUGCGUCCAUCUUCAACUAG